UGUUAUUGGGGCUAUCUGAAAUCAGAAUGCCUCAACAUUGUCAGUCAACCCCAAACGACCUAAGAAAUGUUGUAAAUGAAAAUAACCACUUUAGUCAUAAUAUAUAUAACAAUUAUUACCACACUACAAACAAUUAUCAAAAUAGGGUGAUGCAUCAAAACAUGCUAAGAUAUGAAGAUUCAUCUUUGCGAACAUUUAUAAGGGAACAAUAUAAUACAACUAGAGAAGACAUUCUUCGACAGCCACCCCCAUAUCAUGCACAACAAUACAUAAGAGAACACCCUAAUCAUAUUGUAACAGCAAAUCCCGUUGAACAACCUUAUUUCUCAAGCGGACCUGACCUAACAAGAUCUUCUGUAUCUACCGAUAGUGGCUUCAUUAGUCCGGGAAGAUCGAAAAGUGACAAUAACUCUGUAGAAGAUAUUAUGAAUGAUUUAUUUGAACUGGAAAAUAUGGUUCAAUCACGAAAAUCGUCUCACUCUGUAAUUUGCCAUGUUUGUCAAAAAAACUCUAAGUUAUUGUGUUCUGCAUGUUACAAAACGAAUUAUUGUAGCGUAAAAUGCCAGAGAACUGACUGGGACGUUCACAAAGUUCUAUGUCGACCAUGAAACAAUAAUGACGAUGGUGAAGAAAUGUUAAUAAGAUUUUAUAUACAUGACUAAAUUAAUGUUUUUGUUUCUAAUUUAAGUUGGGAUGAAAAACGUUAUUUUUUAAUGUAGAUAUGUUUCUU